AUAACGCCAUCGUCUACGGAAACAGCAUCGACGUUUUCACCACCGUUGAGACUUUGCUCAACCUCGGGAUUCUGGGUAAUCGUAUCCAUGUCGUCUUCACGCCUCCCGAGCCCGGCGCCUCCUGCUUCAGCGACCCGGAGGUGGAGAAAGCUGUGGCGACGGCCCUGAAGAAGGCCGAGGUUCAGGUCCACCAUCACUGCCUGCUGGCCCUCAUGAACAACGGAGAAAACCCCGACCCCCUCACAUCUGUGACCUUCACUACAGACGCAGAGACCCUCAAUCUGCAGUGUGGGGUGUUCAUUAAUCUCUCCAAUAAAGCCGUGGACUCUGAGGCCUUCCGGAGCAUCAACGACUCCUUCCUGGUGUUCGACAGCAGACUCGUCAUAGACGCCACUUUCCACACCAGCGAUUCCUCCAUUUCUGCAGCCGGACCUCUCACCAAAUUCUCCCGCAGCUACUACUCCGACGAGUGGUCGAACGCAAACUUCAACUCUAAGGAGGUGGGCCGGGAUCUGGCGGCCAUGUUGCUGCGUCUCUUCGACCCCACGUUGGAGCCCGCGAUGGAGACCCCUCCAGAAACAGAGCGCCUCGUUCCGCUGUACGGACAGGCCAAGAUUCAAGGUGGGAAGCUUCCCGGAGGAUUUCACUUCCUGCAGGUCACUACACCGUCUGCCACCCAGCUGACCGCUCCUCCUGUUCAACAGGACAGCUGCUUGGUCACGGGGCGUGUGGAGACGGGGAACUACUUCUCGUUACACCUGGACAGCUACGAGCAGGUGGAGGCGCUCACCUGUCUCUCCCUGAAGCCCCUCCCCCUCUCCAACUACCUGAGUCUGUAUGGUAAACAGCAGCAGCUGCUGGGCCAGCUGAGCAGCCGCUACCAGCAGGGCCUGAUCCCAGACCUGCACAG